CGCAACGUCGCGAACGGCGUCGGCAGCCAAAAUGUCGGCAGUUUCUCAAAACUAAGCGUAUCCUCUGUCAACAUUUGUGAAUCUCCAUCGAAGUCAACAUCGAAUCAGUCAAUAAUUGAAUCAUUGAUAAUGUAUGAUCGAUAUUGGAUCCCCUUAAUACAGUGUUAAAUCGGAAUCUUCGGAAUUUCGAAGGACAUGUGACAAGACGGGUAUGAUUUUGUAGCAAAGUUAAAAUGUCUAGCGAUAACAAUCAAAUACCCAAAUCCGUUAAGCGGAAGAAAUUUGUCAUACCUGAUAGUGAAGAUAGUGAUGAAUCUAUUGUGCAAUCUCGUAGGAAGAAGAAAACUCAUAGAGUCAUAAGUGAAGGUGAAUCUAGUGAUGAAGACAGUGAUAUUCAAAGACCAACUGUAAGAAGACAAAAUCAAAGAGUUAUUACUGAAGAUGAUACUAGUUGUGGCAGCAGCAGUUCAGGUUCAAAUAAUUAUAACGAAUUAGGGGAAAGCAGUGACAGUACCGAAUGGCAAUCAGACUGGAGCAGUUCGUCAGAAUCUGAAAAAAAAUCUUCUAUCAAGCGAAAAGUUCUUGGAAAACCAAGAUUUAAAAAACCUCCUAAAAUUCUGUCAGAUGUAGAUACUGAUACCAGCGACGAUCAGAUAGAAAAAUGUCCUAUAUGUUUACUUCCCUUUAGAAGGCAACAGUUAGGCACACCUUCUUCCUGUGAACAUUGUUUCUGUUUAGAAUGUCUAAUCGAAUGGAGCAAAAAUGUAAACACUUGUCCAGUAGAUCGCCAAACGUUUACAACAAUCCAUGUUAGAAAUGAGCUUGGAGGACAGAUUAUUAGACAAGUUCCGGUAGAAGUUGCUCCUCGUGUUGAAGAUGAACUUUUAGAAGAUCCUACAUUUUGCGAAGUAUGCCACCAAAGCGAUAGAGAAGAUCGUAUGCUUCUUUGCGAUGGUUGUGACUGUGGCUAUCACCUAGAAUGUUUAUCUCCUCCAAUGAAUGAAGUACCUAUGGAAGAAUGGUUUUGUCCAGAAUGUUCACAAAACAGUCAAAAUGAUGCAGAAGCUGUGGAAAUUGAUUUUGACGAGAUUGCUGAUUUAAUGGAAGAAGCUCGAAGACUUGGCGUUUCUUACGGUCGCGCACGUACUGGCCAAUCUCAAGAUACUCAACCACGAAUUGUACCUCGUACUAGACAUACAGAACGUGUUAGAGCUACUAUUCGCAGAAGAAAUAGAAUUUAUAACAAUUCACAACCAACCCGUCAACUAACGUUUGAUCCAAACCAACCUUCCACCUCUUCUGGUUUGGAAUCGUACGGAGACAACAGUCGAAGUCGUUCUCCGAGCAAUGCCUUUCAUACAUUGGGCUCCGGAGAUCGAAAUUGUUCAAAUAAAAAUUCACGGAAAUAUCAGAGAUCUAGAAGCAGCUCAAGUAAUUCUAGUGGCGAAAGUAUUUCCCCGAGUUCUCGAAGAAGUACCAAUGAUAGAAAUAAUUCCAAAAAUUCUGAUAGUGGUCAUUCAAAGGGCAGUUCUAGAAAAAAAGACAGCACUUUGGGAAGUAAUAAUAGGAAAAAAUCUGGGAGCAGUUCGAAAAAGAGAGGAAGGAGAAUCAAGUCAAGAAAGUCUGGAAAACCAAGAAAAGUUUCCAGUAGGGAAACAAUAUUAAAAGAAGUUAGAAUCACCGAACGUAAUGAAGACGGAGAAGAAGAAGAGAUUGUUACAUUUGUCAAAGUAGCUCCAAUUGGAGUACGAAGAAAAAAAAAGAAAAGAAGGAAGAGGAGAAGGGUUAGGCGUCAAGCUAGAACUGUAUCAAGCGUUUUAACUACUACAAAAAAGAGACUCGCAUCUUCUUUAGGUAUUUGUAAGCCAGCCAAAGGUGUUCCAGUUUUAAUACCUAGUGUUAGAAAUCGUACAGUUGUGCCUGAGAGAUCUGCACUGAACACUGCCCGAUAUGAAGCUGGAAUUACAAGGGUUAGUCUUUUUGGAGCUGGUCUGGGAUUAGAUUAUAGUCCUCCAGGUUCCGAUACUGAGGAUUAUCAAACAACCAAUGGUCCUACUAUAACUAUUCAUAGACGUUCUAUAAUGUCUUCCCGAAGACACCUUAGAGUAAAAAGCAUUGCUAUUCCUCACCAACCACAACCUGAUUUUCUAGACAGCAUAAUAUGUAGUCAGGAAAAGUGGCAUUCAAAAAGUAAUAAUGUCAUAUUGAAGGCAGAUGGUCUUUCAUUAGUUGACAAGAAGAACGAUUCCAACGAUUUAAAGAAAGAAAAAAUAGAUGAUGAAACAUCAUCUAAUAUAGAAAAAACAGAUCAUGUAGUAGAGGAUAAGAAAACAUCCACCAUGGAUGGACCAUUGGAAGCAUCUAAAAUUAAUUCAGAGUUAAUUACGCAGGCUCCAAUGUAUAAUAAUCCAUGUGGAGGGGGAAAUAGAGGCAACUUCAGGGGUGGUUACAGGGAUAAUACAAGGCAUAGUCAUGGUGGACAAAAUUAUGGGAGAGAUUCUCUACCUGGAAGUGGAAGACAUAGUUAUGGUGGAAGUGGUAGCAAUUUUGGAAGAGAUUUUGGCCCUCCUGCGUUUUACAAUCCAAAUUUUGAACACUGUGGGCCUCCGAUGUUUGGAGGAAGUCCACCAUUUAGAAAUCGCAAUCCUCAACACUUUAGAAAUGAGAGAUUCCGUUUCAUGCCACCAGGGAGGCCACCAUUCAAUUUUGCAGAAGGAUUUGAACACCAUGCUUUUCCUGAAAGAUUCAAUCGUCCUAGAUCUCCGCAAACUCCUGUUGAACGGCCUCAAAAUAAUAUGCCAGCAAAUUUACCAGAGGAUACUCCUGGUAAUCAGUCUGUAGAGCAGCAACCACAGGAUACUGAAAAUGCUUUGAAUAGACAAGAAGAAGAUUGUGACAUCUAUUGUGACAUUGAAACAAAGUCUGAUGGAGAACUUCAAGACCAACAAAAUAGCUCAGUGGCACUCUUACCACCUCCAGAACCACCAUCAGGUCUCUUAGAUUUUGAAGAAAACUCUAGAAGUGAUAAAGAUAGUGAUCAGGAGUUGGUUAUUGAUGACAGCCAUAAAGAAGAUACUCCAAAAAAUGACAAGUAUGAUCCCUUUUCUGUGGAUAGUGAUAGCGAUAGUGAAGGGAAAAAGAAUGAUGAGGUUGAAGAACAAAAAAAAGAAGAGACAAUGGAAAACGUCACACAACCAACUGAACCUCAGGAUACAUCAAUUCGUUUGUCAGCUUACGAUGAUGAAGAUGAAGAGGAUUCUCAAGCAGAUUGUCCCAAUUUCUCCAUUUAUUCCUCGCAAACAAUGGAUGUUGCCCGACAUACCGAGCAACAAUUAUCGCAACAAAUAGGACCACUUGAGCCACCUCCUCUUCCACCUUCAAUACCAGAUGAUGAUGAUGUUAUUGUUGGUGAUGUUCAAGCUUGCGAUCUUGCCGAUAUUCCAGAGCCAUCAGAUCCGUAUGUGGAAGCAUUGAGGAAAGAAAGACAAACAUUAAGCAAAAUUCCUCCAAAGAAAAUUUCCCACGACAGUAGGGGUAAAAUUACUUUCAAGAUUGGAACCAAAUUAAAGAUUAAUAACAGAUUAUUAGGGUUGCAAGAGGAAGAAAAAGAAAUUGAAGAAGAAAAGAAAAAGGAGAAUGAGCCAAUAAAGGAAGAAGAAGCCUCUAUUGACCGUGAAGAAGAAAGAAAGAAAAUUGCGAAGAGUAAAUUUGAAGAAAGUCAACCAAAAGAAGAAGAGGAGAAUGAGGAGGAAGAAGAAGAGGAGCCAGCAGACACAUCUAUUUUUGUUGCUACUUCAAAUCUAAAAGAAAGAAGUGGAGACGAAGUGUCAAAAGAAGAGGAAUCGGUAGCAGUUUCUGGAAGUGUCUUAACAGAAAAAAUACCAAGUGUAGAUGUACCAACAGAGUCCACUCAGUUAUCUCCUAAAAAAGUGGAAAGUGAAUUAAGCAAUGAAUGUCCUUCAGAACUAGUAUCGGAGGAAGGUAGUCAGUCUCCUACUUCACUUCCUAAAACUUCAAAUGCCGAUAUUAACGAAGAAAUUCGGAAAGAGCCCAUAGAUAUUGAAGAAUGUACUACUGAUGUAAAAGUUAAAGAUGCUGAAGAUGCAGAAAGUGAAAAGGAUGAGAGAGAACCACGCCAUUUUGAUGUUGAGGAAGAAGAAGAAGAGGAAGAGGAGGAAGAAGAUGAGGAAGAGGAAGAAGAAGAGGAUGAUGAAAAUAAAAAAGAAAGAUUUCCUAUUGAGAAAGAGAAAUCGAACAAGAAAACAGUAGUUGAAGAAGCUAUUGAACAAAACAAAGAUUGGGAAUCAGAUGGGGCUUAUACUCCUUGUAAAGAUGAACUUCCUUUGAAGGAAUCUAAGUCUUCAGAGCACUUGCCACCGAUUGAAAGUGGCUUGGAACCAAUCACGCCAACAAAAGAUAAACCAGACGACUUGGAUAGCUGCAGGACUCCAGUAGAUUAUAAUGUCUUGGGCACUGAAGCUAUUUCAGAAACAGAUGAAGCAAUGAAUUUUGAAGAUGAAUUAACAUUAUUGAGUUUACGAAAGGAAAAGGAGAUGGAAGAUGGCGAAAUUGUUGAAGAAAAGACUGCCAAGGAAGGUGAGAAGGUAGAAAAGGAGAAAGAAGAGGAAAAGAAACGUAAGAAAAAGGAGAAGAAAGAGAAAAAUAAAGAAACUGAGAAGAAUAAAGAAAAUAUCGCUUCAGAGAAUCAAGUAGCAUGGAAAAAGCUUUCAAAAAGCACAAAGGAGAGAUCGUACAGAGACAAGGAGAAAAGGUCGAAGUCAAAAGAAAAAGAGAAACCCAAGAAGAAGAAAGAAGUGGUAAAAAAGAAAGAGAAAAGAAAAGAAUUACCUAGAUACGACGUUAGGAAAAUAGUCGCAGAGAGACCUUCAAGACCUAGGAAGGAUGAAUAUGGGCGGGACAUAAGAGAAAAAUCAAGACAGAGGAGCAGAUCCAGAAGUCUCAGCUCAAAGCGUUCACGAUCGUAUUCGAAGCUGCGAUCGAGAAGCAGAUCUAGAACUAGAAUUCAAAGAUCCUGGUCUAGAGAUCGUAGAUCUUAUUCAAAAUCACUUUCCAGGAGAAGAUCUCUCUCUAGAGGAAGACGUAAAUCUUCAAAAAGAAGAUCAACUUCGAGAAGAAGAUCUUCGUCCAGAAAAAGAUCACUCUCUAGAAGAAGAUCAAGAUCUAUUUCUCGCAAACGGAGAUCUUUGUCAAGAAGACGAUCUAGGAGAUCAAUUUCAAGGUCUAGAAGAUCUUUAUCAAGAUCUCGACAGAGGAGAUCUCUUUCCAGAUCCAGAAGGUCCUUAUCUAGAUCUCGAGAUAGGCGUAAGGAUAAGAAAAAGUACAAAUCUCGUAGCCGAUCAAAAAACCGAAAGAGAUCUCGAUCAAAAUCACCUCGGAAAUCUUCAAAAUCUAGAGAAAGGAAGCUUCCAAAAAGAAAAGCACAAAGCAGAUCAAGGUCCAGAGGAAGAUCCUGUUCAAGAAAUUGGGAUCAAGUAGACAAAAUUGUCGAACAAGAUUUUUCAAGAGAAAGAGAGGAAAGAGAUUCGUGGAGUGCUCAGUGGACACCAUCUUGGUCUAGAUCUAGGUCGAAAACGCCUCAACAUGUGCAACAAGAACCAAUUGCUUCUAGGGAAUGGUCUCCGGUACUAGAUAAUGUCAAUGUUCCACCAAAAAAUCUGACUGUAAUUCUAACAAAUAAGGAAGCUAUUAAAAAGAAGAAGAAAGAUCGCAGGAAAGAGAACAAAAAAGCAAAAGACGAGAAAAAGAGAAAAGGAAAGAGAAAUAGAACCCCACCACCUUCAAAAGAGGUUUUUGCAAGCGGUGAUAAUAUCUUAGUCAGUGUGUGUUUUAACAAAGACAAUGAGAAUAUACAAACUGGAGUCCCAGAACUACCAGAAACAAUUCCAUUGAUACCUCCUUUAAAAAGACGCCGCAGAGAACCUCUUCAAGCUGAUCCCCCUAAACGCUCAAAGAAAGAAAAAUCAAAAGACAAACGUUCCAAAUCACCAAAACCCAAGAAAGAUAAAAAGAAAAAGUCUAAAGCUGCUGAAAUAGCAGCCACAAAAAAACCAGUUGCAGUAAUCGAUUUGGAUCAAUCACCAUUCAGAGAACAGACUCCAUCUCCAAGAGAUGUAAUAGUCCUCAGUGAUGAUGACGAUAAACAGGAGCAACAAAUAACUCCUGAUCAGUGUCAACCAUCACAAAACUCUCCACAGCGAGAACAGUUUGUUUCUCAAGGACCGAAAACUCCUCCAGAACCUCAAAUAAAAUUCUCAAUAAACAAACAAACUAGUAACUUGCGCCCAUCAAUGUUAAAUCCACUUUUAGAUGAAGAAGAGGAGGAAGAAAUGGAUGAGAGAGUCGAAGAAGAAUUAGAGAUGAGAGCACAAGAAGAAUUAGAAUUGAGAUUAAAAAUUGGCCCAAAUACUCCUCCAGAGCCUCCAACAUCUCCUCCAACCAGCCCAGAUGCUUACGAUCCAUUCGAUCCAACAAAAUCUAGAUCUCCAACACCUGAUGUCAGCCAAGAAGCUAAUUCUAGUGAUGAAAGAAGAAGAUCUCCAAGAAAGCAUGAUUCUGUGGAUGGAAAUAUUCAUGAGGAGGAGAAUAUGCAGAAACAAGAAAGGCAGAGCCAAGAAAAACAAUUGGAGAAGCCUAAAAUUAUUUCUAUGGUAACAAUUAAAAGAGCUUCACCGCAAAGAGAUGAUGCUAAUGAGAAUGAAAAUAAUAAAGAUACUGCAGUUUCGGCAGGAAAUUUGGAAGGACAGCAAAGUCAGCAGAGUGUACAAAAUCAGAAUAAUCCUUUCAGUGUAAUGAAUCCUGUACUUGCUACAGUGGCUGCAGCAGUUCAAAGAAGUGGGGUAUUCAAUUCUUCAAAUGCAAACAGUAAUCAACGUAACUUAUUACAAUCAAAUCGAAUUUCACCAAGUAAUCAGCAGAAACAACGUUCUGGAGAUCGUUCUCAGGCACCCACAGUCUUCACGAAUUCAGGAAAACCAAGGAAUUCUAAGUCUGGGCAGACGAAGAAUAAUGGACAAAAUGGGAAUGAUACUGGUGCAGAACCUACUGAUAAUGUAGAUAUGUCUUCACCAUAUUCACCUGGAUCGACGCUCAGUGAUGGAAUUUUUGAUCCACCAAGCCCUGGAAAUUUCAAUAGUUCACCUGGAGCUGGUGCAGGAACUGCUGGAGGAACCGUUGGAUCACAACCCACAAAAAAUAGCAACUCGAAGGCAGCGAAAAGUGCAGAGAAAAAGGAUACAUUCGAUGCGCUUUUUGGAUCUGUACCGACGACAAAGACUGCUAGCAAACCCGCCAGGAGCAAAAAAACUGACAAGGAUAAAAAGAAAAAACCGACAAAUCCAAAGGUUGGUGUACGCAUGGAUGAGAAUCAGCUUCAGAUAUUGGAUGAUCUUCCAAGUUCUGCAGUCGAGAUGCAGGUCAAGGAUAAGUUCCUAAAGAAACUAAAUCGUCAAGAACGAGUGGUAGAAGAAGUAAAAUUAGUGCUAAAACCGCACUACACAAAGAAACAUGUUACAAAAGAAGAGUACAAGGAUAUUAUGCGUAAAGCCGUACCCAAAAUAUGUCACAACAAGACGGGAGAAAUCAAUCCGAAAAAGAUUGCCCAUUUAAUAGAAGCUUAUGUUAGGAAGUGCAGAAACAGUAAGAAGAAGACCACUGAGAGUUCCUCUACAAAGGCCUCUAAACCUGCGAAAAUUUUAUGGAGUUGAUCAUGAGUCAGCUAGGUGUCUGUUCAAUUCUCUUCAAUUUCGUAGUUCAGACGAUCGUCGUGCUCGAUGAGUGGUGAGUGA